GGGCCCCGCGCUGCCGGAAGCAGACGUGUGCGUCGGCAGGAACGGGAAGCGAUGGCGGCGGCCGAGGCCGAGUGGGAGCCGGCGGGGCUGCUGCCCGCCCCGGGGGGCGGCCUGGACUGGGAGGCCGUGCUGGGCGAGGAGCUGAGCGAGCUGCUGGGCGCCGCGGCCCCGAGGGACGAGCCGGAGGAAAAUGAUCUCUAUAACUUUCAUUUUGAUUUGGAUUUGAUGUCUUGGGACUCGGACCUUUGGAAUAUUACAGGCCAUGCUUAUGAAGAUGCAAACGUGAAGACAGAACCUUUGUCACCAGCCGCCUCCAGCUGCUCGGUCCCCUCGCCACCGUCUGUGGACUCUCCAGUGCAGAAUGUGCCUGAUGAUGUGGACUUCAGCUGUAGCUCCCAGAUGUCUCCCAUCUCUCUCUACAGCAAGAGCUGCAAAAGCCCUGCAUCCCCAGAAGGAGAUGGGGGGAAAAAGCCUGCUGUGAGCAUCUCUUCUCGAUCUGCAAAUAAUUCUGCGAGGAGCCUGAAGAGGUGUGGUCAGACAGUGUCCAGGCCUUUGAUACAGCCCAAACCCCUUUUGCCUGCUGUGCCUGAAGCUCAGGCUAACAUUGGCAUCCCAGCUAAAACCAUCAUUAUCCAGACUCUUCCCACACUUGUGCCCCUGCCAAAGAAUCAGCCAGUUGUUAACAUCCAGCCAGCCCCUCCUAAAGGUCCAUCCGUGGUGCUGCCCCAGCCUGCUGUGGUACAGCUCCAGGCUUCAGGGGUGCUUCCUGCCUCCCAGCCUGUCAUUGCAGUGGCAGGAGGGGCCCCAGCACUUCAGAACCACACGGUGAAUGUGCUGUCUCCAGCUGCUGGGAGCGGCUCCAGCAGCGCCAAAAUCCCGGUGACGAAGCCCCUGCUGCAGAGCAGCGCCCCGGCCGCGGGGCUGGACGUCAAUGUCCUGAGGCGGCAGCAGCGCAUGAUCAAAAACCGGGAGUCAGCCUUCCAGUCACGCAAGAAAAAGAAGGAAUACAUGUUGGGACUGGAGGCCAGGCUGGAGGCAGCCCUGCUGGAGAAUGAGAAACUCAAGAAAGAAAACAGCACGCUGAAGAGGCAGCUGGAUGAAGUGGUAUUAGAGAACCAGAAGCUCAAAGUAUCAUCUCCAAAGAGAAGAACACUGUGUGUGAUGGUGAUAUUGGCCUUUAUAAUGUUGAAUUAUGGUCCAUUGAGUGUAUUUGAAAAGGAUCCCAAUGGAGCAGAAUCCACUGUGAGUUCCAACCACCGGACCAGAAAUCUUCUGGAGUUCUCAGCUGGCCAGGAGUCCAGCUCAGCUCAGAGGGUACCUGAGGGCAUCAUUUCCGAGAAGAGCAAUAGGUAUGACCGUUCUGUGUCUGACAACAAAGCACUAAUGAUAGUCUCAGAAGAACCACUGUUAUAUAUUUCACCCCCACCACCCCCCUGCCGGCCCCUGAUCAACAGGACAGAGUCACUGAGGCUGACCCACGAGCUGCGAGGAUGGGUGCACAGGCACGAGGUGCAGCGGACGCGCUCCCGGCGGCUCAUCAACAGCCAGCAGCAACAGCAGCAGCGAGCUCGAGUGCCACAGAGCUCCCUCAGUGACAAAGCAGAUUCCCAGCUAAUGGCCAUGCCUUACACAGACACCAGUCUCAGCAGGAGCUCAGGGAAUGAGCUGCAGGUGUAUUAUGCCUCCCCCAGGAGCUAUCAAGACUUCUUUGAAGCAAUUCACCGAAGGGAGGACACGUUCUAUGUGGUGUCAUUCCGCAGGGACCACCUGUUACUCCCAGCCACCACACAUAACAAGACCAGGAGACCAAAGAUGUCUAUAGUGCUGCCAGCUGUAAACAUCAAUGAGAACGUGAUCAACGGGCAGGACUAUGAGGUGAUGAUGCAGAUUGACUGCGAAGUGAUGGACACCAGGAUCCUCCACAUCAAAAGUUCUUCUGUCCCUCCGUACCUGCGCGAGCAGCGCAGGAAUCACAGCGGCAGCUUCUUCAGCUCGUCCCCCUCGGUCCCCGAGACGCCGCACGCCCUCAGGGCCAUCGUCAAAUCCCUUCGGUAGCUCCUGUGGCAGCCACCUGCUGCCUCCAGCCCUUCCCUGGCAGCUCCUGGGGCUCCUGGCCCAGUUCCUGGCCAGUUCCUUCAGCCCGUUCCUGUGCCUGACCCGAGCCAGUGGCCGCAGCCUGCCCGGGGCUGCACGGCUCAGCUGCCUGGGGCCAGUCCUGGGCCCUGCUGGCCAUGGGCUAUCCCUGCUGCGUGUCCACUGGCCACAGCUGGGGCUUCUGGGGCCUGCUGACCAUGGCUAUCCCUGCUGCGUGUCCACUGGCCACAGCUGGGGCUUCUGGGCCCUGCUGGCCAUGGCUAUCCCUGCUGUGUGUCCACUGGCCACAGCUGGGGGUUCUGGGCCCUGCUGGCCAUGGGCUAUCCCUGCUGUGUGUCCACUGGCCACAGCUGGGGGGUCUCUCCUGGGUUUGUCCCCGUGAGGCUGCUGGAGCUGGGCAGGUGAGCCAGAGCCAAGGCAGCAGAUGCCCACCCCUGGGAUCGUGGCGCUCUCCCCGCAGUUCCUGGGCAGCCCGAGGAUGCCCUGUCCAGCCCCCAGCUGCUGGGCCUGACCACACAGCCCCUCUCCUCAUCAUUCCCUGCCCAAAUCCUGCCAGUGCACGAGGCCCUGGGAUGCAGCAGCGUGGUGGGGCAGCCCAGCCCAGCCGCCCAGGAGGGUGCUGGGACCCUGCUCUCACCACUAAAGCACCAGUUCUGCUGAGAACAGCCCCUCGAGGCACUGCCAGCACCUGCCUGGCUCUCCAGGAUCCUGCUGCUGCCUUCCCCGGCCCGUGGGGCUCCAUGGCUGAGGGCUUGGCCCAAAGGAAGUGAUUUCAUGCAGCAGAUGCAUUUGUAAAGUUUGGGUUUUUUGAGUUUGUUGGGUUUUUUUCUUCCUGGUUUUUGUUUGCGUGGGUUUUUUUGUGUGUGCUAUUUAAUGCUUUCCACUGCUAACAACAGACCAUGGCCCUGCUGGGGCAGAGGGGCUGCUUCAGUUCCGUGGGACACAGCCACAGCACCUUCUCCUGGAGCCUCACACACGCUCAGCCCCACACACCCCUCUGCCCUGCUAGCACUGACACCCCUGGGCAGGGGGGGAAUGUUCUGUUCACCCCAAACGCUGACUGCAGCCAAGUGCUGCCGCUGCAGAGCGUCUGUGGAGCUCUGUCCACUGAUCUGUCCCUGUUUGUCAGCAGAGCCAGGCUGGAGCUGGGCCCAGCAGCUCCAGCACACUGGUGCUCGGCUGGGAUGGGCUGCCAGCACACCAUUAGCCUUGUGUAAUGACUCCAGCAUGUUGUUACAUUAUUUUUUCUCCCCUGGGCAGUUUGCACAGAAGAUGAUGAGUUUCAGUUUGCCAGCCAGCUGCCAUUCCUUCAUGCUCUGAGCGCUAACCACCUCAUGUGGGGUUUUUAAUUAUUAUUAUUAUUAUUAUUAUUAUUAUUCGUGCAUGUGUGUGGCUGUUAGGAAAUAAAGGUUGAUCCCACAGCAAGACAAACAGCUGCAGGGCAGGGAGGAGGAGGAUGAGGAGCAGUUCCCCCCUGUGCAGUGUGUGCCCUGCAGCAGUGUGGAAGAGCUGUGCCCUUUGCCACGUCCUGCAGGCAGCGCAGGCCCCGUCCUGGCGGCGCUGGCGCUGCUGGAAGGAGCCGGGCUGGGCUCUCUGCUCACACCCCUUCACUUUCCUGGCCUGGCCCCACCUGAGCGUGGGCCAGCUCACACAACAGGCAGAAAUGACAACCCCAGCGGUGCCCCAGGCAGGGGCUGCUGGCUGCUCUGGGGAGCUGGGGAGGGCACCGGGUGCUGGCUGGGCUUGGCACGGCAGGAAGGGAGGGCUGCUGGGGGCUGGGGGCUGCUGUGGCACCACAUCCUCAGCCAACACCCCUGGGCUCCGGUGCUGGAGAGCAUCUCUCAUCCUGUGUAAUUCUGUUCUCUGUGUCCCUAGUACUGAAGGCAAUAAAAUCCUUCUUUUAU